AUGUCUGCCCUCGACGCUCUUAAGCAGUACACCGCUGUCGUUUCUGACUCGGGUGAUUUCGAGUCGAUCGACGCCUACAAGCCUCAGGAUGCUACUACCAACCCUUCGCUCAUCCUCGCCGCCGUCAAGCAGGAAAAGUACGCCCGCCUCAUCGACAUUGCCGUCAAGUACGCCAAGGAGCAGACCUCUGACAAGACGAAGCAACUCGACCUUGCCACCGACCGUCUCCUCGUUGCUUUCGGUACCGAGAUCCUCAAGAUCAUCCCUGGCCGUGUUUCCACCGAGGUCGACGCCCGUCUCUCGUUCAACAAGGAAGCUACCAUUGAAAAAGCCAAGCACCUGAUCGCUCUCUACGAGUCUCUCGGUGUCAAGCGCGAGCGUGUCUUGAUCAAGAUCGCUUCCACCUGGCAAGGUAUUCAAGCCGCCCGCGAGCUUGAGUGCCAGCACAACAUCCACUGCAACUUGACCCUCCUUUUCGGUUUCGCUCAAGCCGUAGCUUGUGCCGAGGCUGGUGUCACGCUCAUCUCUCCCUUUGUCGGCCGUAUUCUCGACUACUACAAGAAGGCUGAGGGUAAAGAGUACGCCUCGCACGAGGACCCCGGUGUGAAAUCAGUCCAGAAGAUCUACAACUACUACCGUCAACAUGGCUACAAGACGAUCGUUAUGGGUGCUUCCUUCCGUAACGUUGGUGAGAUCUUGGAACUCGCUGGUUGCGAUUUCCUCACCAUCUCCCCCAAGCUUCUCGAGGAACUCAAAAACACGCCCGGUCCCGUCGAACAGAAGCUGAGCGCCGACAAGGCUAAAGCCGCUCAACAGAUCCAAAAGGUCUCGUACAUCAAUGACGAGGCCGCUUUCUUGCUCGAUCUUGCCAAGGAUGCCAUGGCCAACACUAAGCUCGCUGAAGGUAUCGCCGGUUUCGCUAAGGACGGCGCUACGAUGGAGCAGAUGAUCGCCGAGAAGCUCUAA